AUGAGGCUCCUUCCCAGGGAUACGAGCCUGAAUGCUGUUGCCAGUGCCCUGUCGCUGGCCACCGCCAACUACAAGCCCAUUCCUCAACUUCCGACUGCCAAUCAGAGCGUGGUCAUUUCGGAUACCAACACAGGGGGACGCAGUACCGUAACCAACAAGCCCAACUCUUUCCAGGUUCAGAAGACAGGCUCCACCACGGACUGGACUUCCACUCACAACUCUUCCGACUGGGGUGUUCCCUCUACCUUGUACGUCCCCGUGGAGUCCCUUAACCAGACCGCAGGCGAGAGCGAGAGCGCUGAUCCAGCUCGUAAGUUGGCAGCUUCACGCAAGGUUGGUCCCGGAGGAUGCCCAUACUCGGCCGGAUAUACUCCGAAUGGCGGAUGGGACAAGCUUCCCCCUCCCACUUUCCCUGCCUUUGACCCUGUCAAGGCAACGAUCAUGCGCUAUCGACAACAGCAAGGUGUCAACCUCGGUGCCUGGUUCGUGCAGGAAGGCUGGAUGGAGACCGACUUCAUGUCCUGUGCUACAGGCACCAAGCAGGCCGAAUUCGACAUUCUGGACGGCUUUGGUACCUCAAGAGACGGUCUCACCUCGGCACGUGCCUACAUGGAGAAGCGUUGGGACACGUGGAUUACCGAAGACGACUUCCGCAACUUGGCGCAACAAGGUAUCAACACGGUGCGCCUACCGAUCGGCUAUUGGUCCGCAGGUCCGUACUUCACCCACUACAGCCCGUUUGAGCAGUACAGGUCGGUUUACGAGUUCAGCUGGCGCUACAUUGCGCGCGCCAUCAACUGGGCUGCCAAGUACGACAUUGGCGUCAUUGUCGACCUCCACGGCGCCUACGGCUCGCAGAACGGUCAGGCUCACUCGGGUCUCAACGACGGCAACAUCGAGUGGUACAACUCCUGGAACCAGGGUCUCACCACCGAGCUCCUCGUAUGGCUCGCAAAGGAAAUCUCGGAUGUGACCAAUGUGAUUGGCAUCCAACUCCUCAAUGAGCCUCAGAAUCGCGACAGCUACUGGCAGUGGUUGCCAACUGCUAUGGAUGCAAUGCGCAAUGCUUCAGCUUACGCAAAGACGAUUCCGCUCUACUUCCACGAUGCCUUUGUUCUCUCGAAGGGUGCUGCGUUUGUUCAAAAACGGACCGACUUUGUCAUCUCGGACCACCACGCCUAUUAUGUCUACACUCCAUCGGACCAGGCUCUGACUGCACAGGGACACGUUACAAAGCUUGACGGCUCCAUCUUUGGCCAAUUCGCCGAGCAAUCUUCGAUCGCUCGUCGCAACCUGAUCGUAGGCGAAUGGUCGUGCGCUCUUGCGUGGAGCUCGAUCAAGGACAGCAAGAACCCCAGCAAGGACCAAACUGAAUUCUGCCAAACGCAGCAAGACAUCUGGCAGACCACUGGUGCCGGUUGGACGUUUUGGUCGUACAAGAUGGAGAACUGCGACCAGAACUCUGGCUGGUGUUUCCAGAGCGCCUCGAAAAAGUUUUUGCAGAGCAACUUUUCAUCAUGGGGGAUUCCGGUUUCUACGACUUUGCUGGGCGGCGUUGGGAACCUGACCGGCGACAAACUAGGUCCUCUUUCGCCUAUUCGUACCGAGAUCAGUCGUGUGCGUCUACCCACCAACAGUACCGCGCUGAAAUCUGCCAAGACCUUCCUCGCUGCCGGUGCACCGCUCGACCAAGACGACGAUGGCGAUGACAUCAGCAAGGUGGGGCCGAACGGUUUUGGUCAUUCGCUGUUCGCCUCUGACGCUGGUGAGACUGGUUCGCAGCACAAGCUCGAACGCGGCGUUGGAAGCUUUACCACGUUUGCCGCGCGUCAGGCGCAGCAGGAUCGUCGUGCUGCUGCCGCCAACGCUACUGUGGCUGAGCGCGGCUUUUCGGACGGCUUCUACACUUCACGCAUCCUCGCGUCUUCCACCGACACGCUCUCGCGCCUCGGCUUCGCUAACCAGUACCAAAUGGACACGUUCAACGCCUACGUCUCGGCAGGUCGCUUCAAGCCCAGCGACGAGGCGCACUACAACGCCCGCUUCGUCGCCGGCGUACAAGCUGCCGAAAACGCUAUCAGCUAUAUCGUUUCGAGCUAUGCCAAGACGAGCUAG